ACGCCUCAAGAUCGCGAAAAAUCCACGAUCGUCGCCAAGAUCGUCGUCCAUGGCAUCCCCAGUGAAUUCCUCCGGCGCCAUCGAAAUGCCGCAGCGAUUCGUCGACAUCGAUCUCUCGCCGCCGCCUCCAUCUCCAUCGCAGCAGCAGCAUCGCAAUCCGGCUCCCAACUUCCGGCUCCCAGUGGAUUCCGAGCACAAGGCCAAGAAGCUCGAUCUCUUCUCCUUCGCGCAGCCCCACAUGAGAAGCUUCCACCUCUCGUGGAUCGCCUUCUUCACUUGCUUCACCUCCACCUUCGCGGCGCCGCCGCUCAUCCCGGUGAUCCGCGACAACCUCGACCUCACCAAGCUCGACGUCGGCCGCGCCUCCAUCGCCUCCAUCUCCGGCUCCAUCCUCUCGCGCUUCCUCAUGGGCCCGGUGUGCGAUCUCGUCGGCCCGCGCUACGGCUGCGCCAUCCUCAUCAUGAUCACCGCCCCGCCGGUCUUCUGCAUGCCGCUCGUCUCCGAUCCCACCGGAUUCAUCAUCGUGAGGUUUUGCAUCGGAUUCUCGCUCGCCACCUUCGUCUCGUGCCAGUUCUGGAUGAGCACCAUGUUCAACACCAAGAUCGUGGGCAUGGCGAAUGGAUUCACCGGAGGCUGGGGGGAUUUUGGGGGCGGAGUCACGCAGCUCCUCAUGCCGCUGCUCUACCAGCUCAUCCUCAAGUUUGGAGCCAACGAUUUCACGGCCUGGAGGAUCGCCUUCUAUGUGCCGGGGCUCAUGCAUGUGUUCAUGGGGCUGGCGGUGCUGAUCCUGGGCCAGGAUCUGCCGGAUGGGAACUAUCGCGAUCUCAAGGAGCAGGGCCACAAAACCAAGGACAGCUUUGGCAAGAGCAGAGAAAAGCUCUGUCCAUGGGCGUCACUGCUCUGCUCUGAUCUAGGAAAAAAAAUGUUUCUAGAUAAGUUUUGUAGCGUAGAAAAAUGCAUUCGAUCAUGUAGAGAUGCUUUCACGUUUUUUUUACUUUUGCUCUUGGGCAUCUUGACUUUGCUCUUCCUUGUACUAAUUUUCUUACUUUUUCUACAGGUGCUUCGCAACGCAGCCAAGAACUAUCGCACCUGGCUCUUUGCCUUCGUCUAUGGCUACAGCUUUGGCGUGGAGCUCACUGUCUUUAACAACAUCGCCGAGUACUUCUACGACGAGUUCGGCCUCCACCUUGGCACCGCCGGCAUCGUCGCCUCCAUCUUCGGCCUCGCCAACUUCAUCUCCCGCCCCAUGGGCGGCAUCCUCUCGGACGUGAUCGCGCGCUCCUACGGCAUGCGCGGCCGCCUCUGGAUCCUCUUCCUCUUCCAGACAGUCGGGGGACUCAUGUGUGUGCUGCUGGGCUUCAUGAACACCCUCGGGACUGCCAUAGGCAUCGUCAUCCUCUUCUCGAUCUUCCUCCAGGCGGCGUGCGGUGCGACGUUUGGGAUCGUCCCGUUCGUGUCGAGACGAUCGCUGGGAGUUCUCGCGGGCCUCACGGGGGGUGGCGGCAACCUGGGCGGAGUGGUGACGCAGCUCAUCUUCUUCACCAACGAGACCUUCUCGUUCGAGGCCGGGUUUAGUCUCAUGGGCGCCAUGAGCGUGGGAUGCUCGCUAGCGCUGCUGGGUGUCUACUUCCCGCAGUGGGGAGGGAUGCUUUGCAGGGCGUCGAGCGAUCCUGGAGCCACCGAGGAGGCGUACUAUCUCGCCGAGUGGAGCGAGGAGGAGAAGGCCAAAGGGAUGCACCUCACAGCACUCAAGUUUGCAGAGAACUCUCACUCGGAGAGAGGACGGAUGCGAUCGGGUGCGUCGUCACAACCUCAGCCCAGUGCAGUGGUCAACCCCAUUCUAUGAUAUAUACCAGCUGUUGUUCUCUCCCUCGGGAUGAUGAUGAUGAUGAUGAUGAAUAUAACUUCAAUAGACU